GCGAGCGUCGCUCACUCCGGCGAUCCGCCGCCCGUACCGCACCAGAGGACGAGCACUCCAUGGCGCCUCCCCUACCGGCCAAGGAGGCCACGCUCUUCAAGGCCAUCGUCAAGCACUACGAGCUCAAGAGCUACAAGAAGGGGCUGCGUGCCGCCGACCAGGUGCUCAAGAAGUUCCCGGAGCACGGCGAGACGAUCGCGAUGAAGGCGCGCCCGCCCUCGCUCAUGGAGAAGCUCGAGGUGCACUCUGGCUGCGAGGAGAUUCCGUGCACGAGCAAACCGAUCGCGCAGGUCUGCUGGCACGUGUACGGCCUUCUCUACCGCUCCGACCGCGAGUACGCGCAGGCCAUCAAGUGCUACCGCGGCGCGCUGCGGCACGAGCCAGAGAACGUCAAGAUCCUACGCGACCUUUCGAUGCUCCAGAUCCAGCUCCGGCUGCUGCCGGGCUUCCUCGAGACGCGCCAGAAGCUUCUCACGAUGAAGCCGACCAACCGGAUGCACUGGUUCACCUUUGCGGUGGCGCUUCACCUUGUCGGCCGGUACGAUGAGGCGGUGGGCGUGGUGGAGGCGUACGAGAGGACGCUGGAGGGGUCCGACGAGCCCUCCAAGGAGCCGUACGAGUACAGCGAGAUGCUGCUGUACAAGAACACGCUCUACGAGGAGGCGGGGCAGCCGCAGAAGGCGCUCGACGACCUCGACGCAAUCAAAGAGAAGGUAGCGGACCGCACCGGCUGGCGCGAGCGGCGCGCCGCGCUGCUGCUCGCCGUCGGCCGGCACGGCGAGGCGGGCGAGGAGUACCUCGCGCUGCUGAAGCGCAACCCGGAGCACUUCGGGUGGCACGCGGGGCUGCAGGCGGCCGAGCUGCAGACGGCGACCCCGACCGAGCGGUGGCUGAGCGCGGAGGUGACGGCGGAGGCGGAGGCGACGCUGGCCGCGCUGUACAGCAAGCUGCAGAAGGCCUACCCGAAGAGCCAGGCGUGCAUGCGGCUGCCGCUCGACUUCACGCGCUCGCCGCCCGCCUUCGCCGCCGCCCUGGACGCGUACGCGCGCAGCUACGUGCG